AAAACAGAUGUAAUACACUCACGUGUACUGCUUCGUUAUGCAAACACUAGUUCCUGCCUUUCCUCUGCUGCACUGAAGACUGAACACCACAGUUGGGGAAAAUGAAAACUAGACCUACGAAGUCAGGGGCAUCUGAACCAAAGGGUAAAGUGAAGAAAAGACCCGCGGAGAACUCUGGUCCGACUCUCUCCAAAAAACUACGAGACAAGAAAGAUGGAGAAGCUUCUAAACCAGGGCCUCCACUCAAGUCUGCAGGAGUCCAGAGGAGAGGCGGGUAUGGGAGCAUCCUGCACUACAUUUACAAGAGCACUCUGGGACAAAGUCUUCACUCACAGAUGAGACAGUGUCUCCAGGAGCCUUUCGUUCGUUCUCUGUCAGCCUAUCAUUUCCACAGUGCCACCAGCCCCUUCGACCGCAGAAUCACCUGUCUGGAGUGGAACCCCGUUCACCACACCACUAUGGCGGUGGGAUCCAAGGGUGGAGACAUUUAUCUGUGGGACUUUAAGGUCCCCACAAAUAAAACCUUUAUUCAAGGGAAUGGUGCAGGAGACUUUAUCGGAGGGAUGAAGUUUUGCCCCACAGACCUCUCCAGAGUCUAUGUGGCCUCUGGUGAGGGUACACUGACCAUGCAGAGCUUUGAGGGCCGCACACCCACCAUACUGUCCCGAACUCAAGACUGUGGUCACGAUCACCACAAUGUUUGUUAUUGGUACUGCUGUGUCGAUGUGUCUGUGAGCCGACAGAUGCUUGUGACAGGAGACAAUAUGGGACAGCUCUUACUCCUUGGCUUGGAUGGACAAAAGAUUUUCAGCAACAAACUCCACAAAGCCAAAGUGACCCAUGCAGAGUUCAACUCCCGAUGUGAUUGGUUGUUGGCGACGGCCUCGGUCGACCACACGGUGAAACUUUGGGACCUGAGAAACAUAAAAGACAAGAAUAGUUUCCUGCAUGACAUGCCUCAUGAGAGGGCCGUCAACUCAGCCUACUUCAACCCGCUGGACUGCACCAAGUUGCUCACCACAGAUCAGUAUGACCAGAUCCGCGUCUACUCGUCCCCUGAUUGGUCGAAGCCUCAACAUAUCAUCCAACAUCCACACAGACAGUUUCAGCAUCUCACACCCAUCAAGGCCACAUGGCACCCGGUGUACGACCUGAUUGUGGCUGGCCGCUACCCUGAUGACCGCGUUUGCUCUGGCGAUCAGAGGACCAUCGACAUCUUUGAUUCCAACACAGCGGAGCUCGUGUGUCAGCUGCACGAUCCCACCGCUACAGGGAUUAAAUCUAUCAACAAAUUCAAUCCGAUGGGUGAUGUGAUUGGAUCUGGCAUGGGUGUGACGGUGUUAGUCUGGGACAGAAACGAGUCAUUGAUCAGUGAUCGGCACACACUGAAGGAGGACACCUCAACCUCAGUGGGCAACCUGAGAGGGCAGAGGAGGAGUCAGCAGCGCUCCAACAGGGCACGGAGAGGUCCUGCUGUGGAUACAAAGCUCAAGAAAAAACUGGCCUCUCUGGAGGAAUCUGAGACCAAGACCAAAACAAAAACCAAGACUGGGUGUACUAAACAAAAACAAGCGCAGAUGAGGAAAAAGUGAACUGUAAAAAGUCAGUGUCUUAAAAAAGUCCAUGUAUAUAUUUCUUUGUUUACCUUUUGUUGCGCCUCUAACUGCAGGGAUCGUUUGAAUGUUAAAGAAAAUUUCACAUAUUCUUUUAUAAACCAUUUUCGAACUGGAACUCCUGUACGUUCUCACAGUUGUUUUUCUACUGUAUGGUAAUAAAAAUGUUCAUGUUUUCUUAA